AUGGAGGUGACCAUUGUCGCUUCGGCAACGAUCUAUUUGGCUGGCGAUUCUACCAUGGCACCAGGCGGCGGUGGUACCGAGACACAAGGAUGGGGCGAAUAUCUCGGACAGGACGUAUCUCUAACCGUCUCGAACCAAGCUAUCGCCGGGAGGAGUGCGCGGUCAUAUACCCGCGAAGGUCGUUUCGACGGCAUUGCAGCCCUCGUCCAGGAAGGCGACUACGUCGUCAUUGAGUUCGGACACAACGAUGGCGGAUCGCUCACUCCCACAGACAAUGGUCGAACCGAUUGCUCGGGAACCGGAUCCGAGACAUGCGAGACGACGUAUGAUGGAGUGGAGGAAACAGUACUUACGUUCCCUGCAUACUUGGAGAACGCUAGUGCCAGUUUCAUAGCGAAAGGAGCCAAUGUCAUCAUCUCUAGCCAGACGCCAAAUAACCCGUGGGAAACAGGAACGUUUGAGUACUCGCCCUCGCGAUUCGUCGAGUAUGCACAAAUAGCAGCCGAGGCAGCCGGUGUUGAGUAUGUCGACCAUGGGGCAUACACUGCCAAUAUUUUCGAGCAACUUGGAAAUGCCACCGUGAAUUCCUACUAUCCGAUUGACCAUACUCAUACCAGCCCGACUGGUGCAGACGUUGUUGAGCAGGCAUUUCUUAAGGGUAUUGUGUGCGGUGGGUUGAGUCUGAACGUUGGCAUUACUAUUAACAUUAUAUCCUACAAAAAAAUGGGUUUAUUUUCCACCGCAUCAAAAACAGCUGUAAUCGGCCUGGUCUUUGCCAUCGCCUUGCCACCGUUUUUUCACCAGGCCAAGGUUAUUGGGGUGCUGAGGACACCGUCCAGCACCCUGAUCGCACCGGAGAAUUUUGUUGUAAUUUCCGACACAACAUAUUGCGAAGAUAUUCAUUAUUAUAGCCAAGCUCAUGUUCUUUUUGCGGCAUGUGAGGACAACAAUUCUACCCGAUAUGAAUGGUUUCCUCCCUUGGCCAUAUUCGACCACCCGGAGGCUAUUGGGCAAGGGUCCAUUCAUGUGAUCGACCCCAAAAGCAUGAUAUCGAGACGUCUUGAGUUCGAUUAUUUUCAUGAGCCUUUUGUGACCCACGGCAUCGAUGUGAUCGCAGAUCCUAGUGCAGAAGAUGCUGUAUUCAUCUUUGCAGUGAAUCAUCUCCCAAACCCCGAAUAUCGACCGGGAGAGUCUGCUCCAAAAGCCCGUUCACAAAUAGAAAUAUUUCAUCAUCACCUCGGUUCUCAAUCAGUAAGACAUGUCCGCUCCGUCUUGCACAAGCUGAUCACAACACCGAAUGAUAUUCAUGCCGUUAGCCCCACGGCCUUCUACAUAACCAAUGAUCACUUUUAUAGACAGGGUAUUCUCCGGGACAUGGAGGACGCGAUUCCAGCUGCAGGAUGGUCUGAUACAACAUACGUACAACUUUCAACUCUGGAUACCAAUACCUCUGACGAAGGGGUUUUGGCUUCCAUAGCAUUUACCGGAUUACACAAUAAUAAUGGGCUUGGGCAUGGACCUAGAAUUUCCUCAACCGAUGAAGAAUUUCUCAUCACAAGUGCGUGUUCAGGUGUAUUUCAUCGCUUGGCCGCGCCUCCUGGCGAGCAGCACAAAUUGAACCUUAUUGAAUCGAUCCAUAUGCCGUCAAACCUUGACAAUCCUUCCUACCUGCUUGACCCAUAUGGUACCACAGAAAAAGACAUAAGUGGCUAUAUCCUUCCUGGGUUAACAAAAGGCUUGGCUUUUCAAAGAACGCACAAGGAAAAAAGCGUCGUGCACCCGGGUGCCAUCUGGUACAUACCGAAAAGCAGCGAAGGAAACUGGGAAAUCAGGCUGUUGUUUGAAGAUGAUGGAUCCAAAAUCUCUGCCAUAACAUCAGCUGUGGCCGUACCUAUUGAGCCCGAGGGCGAAACUAGAAGCGCGUGGCUUUUCGUCACGGGGGUCAUGGCUGACAAUGUCAUAGCCGUGAAAGUAGAGCUUUGA